AUGAAGGAACAAUCGUCAAAGGCAAAAUAUCUCAAAGUGGAUAAUAUUCUUCACAACAGCGUUGGGAGUCAGAUCAGUUUGGAAAAAGGUAUUGAUAAUGAAUUUAAACUAUCUGAAAAAAUGACUUCUUUAGUACCACUGAAAGACACUACAAAAUAUCGUGAUUUGUUCGAGGCAGUAGAAACUACACUGAAUAAAUUGUCUUUAAACUUGGUCAAUAUAUCAGGUAUAGCUACGAAUGGUGCCCAUGCUAUGGUAGGUAAAAAAGGACUUACAAAAUUAGUAAAAUACCAUACGGUUUUAGUUGGGAACAAAGGUUACCACUGCACUGUUCAUCAGGAAAAUGUAUGUGCGGAAGCUUUGAAAAUGGAUAACAUCAUGCAAAUUGUCAUCAAAUAA